GCCAGUCGCACUAUGAGACUACGCUACGCACGUUCGCGUGUGAUGAUUCCUGAUUUUCUAAAUAUUGAAAGGAAAUGUCCUUAUCUGCAGCAUUAACCAUCAAUGUAAAAAUAAUGCCCGGAGACUCUGUGUCUCUCGCAUCACAGAAUGAUCAGUGUUCAAAAUAUCGGCCAGUUACCUGGCAUACCGGACAGUUAAUUGUAUCUCGGCCACCUGCUGAUACGAAAAGCACCUAUUCGCACAAUUAACUGGUUGGGCCAAUUUAUCUGUCUGUGAAGCCGAUUAAUCGUCUGUCAGACUGAAUUAUCAGCUGGGCCGAUUGACUGCCGGGCAUUUUGGCCCAAAUUUAGCCCGUUCCCUCCCUUCUUCCGCAGCCGCCCGUGCAUUAGGUUAGCCCGUUCCUCCCUUCUCGCACAGCCGCGUACGCAUUAGGUUAGCCCAUUCCCUCCCUUCUCCCUUCUCCCACUCAUUCUCCUUUUUCCCCCGCUCAUGGAGGAGCAGCCGCCGCCACUAACCCUAGCAGCUGCCAGCGCCGUCCCCUUCCUGAGCACCCGGCGGCACUGUCCCUUCCCCGAGCAGCAAGAUCCCCUCCCGAGCAGCUGCCAGCACGGCCCCCAGCAGACAGACCUCCACUCCUCCAGCUGCUCCGUCGCCUGCUCCUCCUGUCCUCUGUCCAUGGCGUCGCCAGGCAGCGAGAUAAGUGGGAGCUUUUCUGCAGCAAGGAAAGCACUUUUAUUGGUUUCAACCUGCCUCCAAGAUAAUCCUAGGCCAGACACAAGCAAUUUUCCAUCUGGAAGACCAUUCGGGCCUCCAGGCAGUGGAGUUGGUUGUCCACCUGGUGUGGAUCCUCAUUCUCAAAGAAGCUAUUUACCACCACCACAUGUUCCUGACUAUCAUGCAAGGAAUUUUUCAAGCAACGGUGCUGCCCCUGGUCCUAGAUUCUUUGUUGAACAAGAGAUAAUGUUCAGAAUGAUAUGUUUAAAUGACAUGGUGGGCGGCGUAAUUGGAAAAGGCGGUUCCACUAUCCGUGCAUUACAGAGUGAAACUGGUGCUUCAGUCAAGGUUAUCGACCCUGUUGCUGAUUCGGAUGAACGCAUAAUUGUGAUCUCUGCGCGUGAGAAUUCUGAGAUGAUGCAUUCUCCAUCUCAGGACGCAUUGAUUCGGGUAUAUUCUAAAAUCUCGGAGGCGUCUAUGGAUAAAAGUUCGUCUGUACCUGCCAGGCUUCUUGUUCCAGCGCAGCAUAUUGGUUGCCUACUUGGCAAAGGUGGAUCCAUAAUUGCAGAGAUGAGGAAGGUAACAGGAGCCAGCAUCCGAAUUUUUGGGAAUGAACAAAUUCCAAGAUGUGCACAACGAAAUGAAGAGCUGGUUCAGGUCACCGGUAGCUUUCAGUCCAUCCAAGAUGCAUUGCGUCAUAUCACUGGAAGGAUUAGAGAUCUCAUCAUUCCCCCGAAGCCACAUCCUAGUGGAGGCAUGCCUCCGUAUCCACCUGUUGGGAACCCUUCUCAUCACCAAUCAAGACAAGAAGCUCCACCACAUCACAGUGGAGGCAUGCCUCCCUAUCCUAUGCAUCCUUUCAGACCUAAUCCUCCUAUGGGUCCUUUUGAUGUGGCAGAUCAUCGACCACCUGGUCCAGCUCUUUCACAUCCAAUGGAACACAUGGGUGCUGAUAGGAUGCCCUACCCGUAUGGUGGUGAACAAGGAGGUCCUCGUCCUUUUGUUGAGCAGCCAUCACCAAGAACCUGGGCUCCUGAGGCACCAGCAACUGACGCUCCAAGAAGCAUGCCUGAUAUAGUACCAGCUGUAGAUUUCAGAAAGGGACCAGGGGCAAGUGAAAACCAAGUGGCUGCACCAGCAACUACAACAACUGAAGUUGUUAUUCCUUGCAAGUACAUAGGUUUUGUUUGUGGAACCAAUGACAGUGACCUCGCUGAGAUAAAGAAGAUAUCCGGCGCUGAAAUUACAGUACAUGAUCCAAAACCUGGAGAUACAAAUUCAACAGUUAUUAUAUGUGGAGACCCCGAACAAACGAAGAAGGCGCAGAGCCUGAUUCAUGCUUUCAUUUUUUGUGGUCUCUACCAAAAAUGAGCCGCAACAAUGGUGAUAUUCGCCAUCAUAGAACCAUGGAUCCUCCUCGGAGGUCUUCCACCUGGAGAGUUUUUUUGUUUCCUUUCCCUUCCCUGAGAGGUUGUGUGUACAUGUACAAUAGUGAUUGGGUUGUAUGUAGAUAGGAUUGAAUUGGUGGCUGGAGACAGAGACAGCGCCGUUGUAAGUUGUUGAGUCGAUGAUAACUGGACGCAUGGCGCCAUUGUGUUGCUCGAAAUCGAGUCGAUGUAACUUGUUGUUGUGUUUGGUUGAGGGAAUUACCAUGGAAGGCGUGCCCACCUCUCUUGUUA